AGUAACUAAACACAACCCACGUCGAUGGCUGCUGUUACCACAUCCCCAUCACCAAUCCCUCCAAUAUUCCUUCUCUACUCACAACCGGAUCCCCAGAUCUCUUCACCAUACAACCCAUUUCACCUCCCGCAACAUGUUCAAAUUUUAAGGAUCCAAACAUUAAAAUGAUUGGAGGCAUUCAAUUGGGAGUCUUGGCCGCGUGUUUAGUCCUUUUCGUGCCCAUGUUAAUGGCCGGCUGGCAUUUAAGCCGAAACAAGAUGUUAUUUUUCAGCGGUGCUUUGUUCAUAACCCUCGCGGUUUGUGUACAUUUGACUCCUUAUUUUCCUUCUGUUUCUGAAUUUGCGUCGUCGUUUUCGUCUUUUGUAGUGUUUGAUCAUCGCAAUUCUUGUAUUAAUUUGGUCAAUCAAAUUGCGUGGGAUGUUAAACCUAGAACUGAUUUAAUUGAUAAAAGUGAUAAUUCUUCUUUUGAAUAUUAUGAGAAGAAUUGGGAGUGGGUUAAUACGGGGAAAGUCAAUGCUUGUGAGUUUCAGAAAUUGGGGAAAUCCGACGCUUCGGAUUUGUUAAACGGAUCUUGGGUUGUUGUGGCGGGUGAUUCGCAGGCAAGAUUGGUUGUUCUGUCUUUACUUAGUUUUGUUUUGGAGAAAGAACGGAUGGAUUCUGUUAGGGAAGAUUUGUUUAGGAGACAUAGUGAUUAUAAUAUUGUGGUACAUGAGAUUGGUUUGAAAUUGGAUUUUAUAUGGGCACCCUAUGAGAAGAAUUUGACGGAUUUGGUUAUUAAGUUUAAGGUUAAGAGGAAGUACCCGGAUGUUUUGGUGAUGGGUUCGGGGCUAUGGCAUAUGUUACAUUGCACGAAUGCAACUGAUUAUGUUGUUUCUUUGCGGGUGUUGAAAAGUUCUGUGGUGUCUUUGUUACCUUUUUCCCCAGAGUUGGGAACAAAUGGGCCUGUGACUGGUUCCGUUUCGAUUAGAUCACCGCAUUUAUUUUGGAUUGGCAUGCCUGUGUUGAUAAAUGGGAUGUUGAAUACAGAGGAGAAGAGGGAGAAAAUGAGCGAUGAAAUGUGGCAUGCUUAUGAUAGAGCACUUGGAGAUAGUAAGCUCUUGCGCCAAACUGGUGGGCCACUUGUAUUGCUUGAUAUUCAGUCUUUGACUUGGAAUUGUGGUCCUCGGUGUACAAUUGAUGGUAUGCAUUAUGAUGGAGUUGUUUAUGAAGCAGCUGUUCAUAUCAUGCUAAAUGCAUUACUCAUUGAAUCUCACCAGGUGCUGUAAAAGCUAUAGUUUUGCUUGUCUCUUAAAUUGGUGCGGCUUUUGCAUGGGGUUACAAAAGGGCUCUCUAACACUUUCAAGACAUUGACCCUUAAAUGAGGCUGAAUUCAUACCUCCUAUUUUGUAUAUGUGAUUCUUUCCACGCUUAUAAUCAACUCACAAGUAAAGUUUUGUGUUAGUAUACACGCAUUGAAAUUCUUUUUUUGGUUCUUUGUUCAAAUAGGUUUGAAAACUGAAUACUCGAGGUAUUGAUAUUUUAUAGUCAAACAACUGGAUCAUUCUCACAUCCAAUUUUGAUGGGAAUAGGGUUGACAGUUUCAUAUAAAUAUAAUAAAUAUAAUAUCCAUGCUUUCAUUAAGUUUAUAGCAUUGGAAAGAUCUUGUUGCUUCACUUCAAUUGAUUAGUUUUUUUUUGUUUUGAAUGAUCGCAUAUUGACUUUUUAAAUCGAUUUUGGAUUGAAGAGUCUGUUCUCCUUUCUGCUGUUUGUUGAUAUCUUGUCAAGAGAUCAAUGCUACAGUACACAAAUAGAAAAGAAAAACCUACAAUCACUUUUGAUUAGUUCUACUGUGUAUGUUGUAAUCUGUUUAUUAUGAGGAACCUAUCACUUGUAUUAGCAUAGUAAUAGCUGUGAAGUGCUACAGUGACU